AUGAAAAAUUUUCAUGUUAAUCCUGACUUACAAGAAAAAGUUAUCGAAUUGGUGCAACAAGACAUUUUGAAGAGACAGCCAACUACACCAUCCAACACAUUUACACCAACUACGACAAAGUCUGCUCGUACAAAUACACUUGAUUCGAAAUCAACAGCAUCAAAAGGUCUUCUUUCAUACUGUUUCGAUAUACCAAACAAUGACUUGAAAUCGGUAUCAGCAUCGUAUGAUGAAUUAAAAGAAUAUAUAGCAUUAAAUGUUCAAUUGACUGAGCAAGAUGAUAUUUUACAAUUUUGGUUACAACAAAAAUCGAAAUUUCCAGUCUUAUUUUCUAUGGUUCAAGAUUUUUAUUCUGUACCAGCAUCGAAUACGAAUAAAAAUGAUGGACGAUAUGCUUAUUUACCUAUAUUUCCAACAGAAUAUGUUGGUCCAAAUGAGUGUUUACUUUUGGCUAAUGUACCAGUUAAUCGUCUUGCACCUCAUCAAAUUAAUCGACGUCAAUAUGGAGCCUAUACUUUUGAUGCACUGAUGCUGAUGAAUAAGUACAAUUAUUCAGAUGGAUUCAGUUUAUCUGAACAAGAUGCUAGUGAAUUAGCUUCACGAUUACAAGUAGGCAAAUCAAUAAUUACUUUCAAUGCACAACGACUUCGUAGCAUCUGUCAUACUCUUCUUGCAUUUCAUGAAUCAUUUCGACUAGGGCUGCACCAGUGCCAGUAA